UUGCUGCGUCCCCAGGGCGGCGGGGCGGCAUGGAGGGGUGUGACUACAAGCCCCCGCGCGCGCCCGUCCCCACCCCCGCACCUGCCCGCGCUGCGUGACUGGCCGCCGCCGUAGUCUGGGCUCCUGAAGGCGCAGAGCGCCACGCGCUGAGCGGGAGAGGCGGGCGGGCUGCUGCCUUGCGUCUGCCGCCCUGUCCUCCCUCCUCCAUUCUCUCCGCCCCUCCCCUGGCGGCCGCGCUGCCUGGGAGCCCGGGAAGCCGUUGCUCCGAGCCCGCAGCCCGGGUUCUGUGGCUGGCAUCGAGGCGGGGGCGGCGGGAGCGCGGAGACCACAGCCCCUGGAGAGAGGAAGAGGGGGGUCCCUGGCCUGGGCAGGCCGAGCCGAGCGUGUAUUUGCGCGUGAGAGCGGGGGCUGCACGGUGCUCAUCCCGGACCCCGCCAGCCCCAGACCAGGUCGCCGCAGCCCGGGAGCCUCCCCGCCUGCGCCCAAGGCGCGCGCGGCACAGCCAUGAACACCAACGAUGCCAAGGAGUAUCUGGCCCGGAGGGAAAUCCCUCAGCUUUUCGAGAGCCUUUUGAAUGGACUGAUGUGUUCUAAGCCCGAAGACCCAGUAGAGUACUUGGAAAGUUGUUUACAGAAAGUAAAGGAAUUAGGUGGCUGUGACAAGGUGAAAUGGGAUACAUUUGUCAGCCAGGAAAAGAAGACCUUACCUCCGCUCAAUGGAGGACAGUCACGGAGAUCUUUUCUAAGAAAUGAAAGUGAUACAGAUCUCUCCGAGACUGCAGAGUUAAUUGAAGAAUAUGAAGUUUUUGAUCCUGCUAGACCUCGACCAAAAAUCAUUCUUGUCAUAGGUGGUCCAGGAAGUGGAAAGGGUACUCAAAGUUUGAAAAUCGCAGAACGGUACGGAUUCCAAUACAUUUCAGUGGGAGAAUUAUUAAGAAAGAAGAUCCACAGUACUAGCAGCAAUAGGAAAUGGAGUCUUAUUGCCAAAAUAAUUACAACUGGAGAAUUGGCCCCACAGGAAACAACAAUUACAGAGAUAAAACAGAAAUUGAUGCAAAUACCUGAUGAAGAAGGCAUUGUUAUUGAUGGAUUUCCAAGAGAUGUUGCCCAGGCUCUAUCUUUUGAGGACCAAAUCUGUACUCCCGACUUGGUCGUGUUCCUGGCUUGCGCCAAUCAGAGGCUCAAAGAAAGAUUAUUGAAGCGCGCAGAGCAACAGGGGCGUCCUGAUGACAAUCUGAAAGCUACCCAAAGGAGACUAAUGAACUUCAAGCAGAAUGCUGCUCCAUUGGUUAAAUACUUCCAGGAAAAGGGGCUCAUCAUGACAUUUGAUGCUGACCGAGACGAGGAUGAGGUGUUCUAUGACAUCAGUGUGGCAGUUGACAGCAAGUUAUUUCCGAACAAAGAGGCUGCAGCAGGUUCCAGUGACCUUGAUCCUUCGAUGAUGUUGGACACUGGAGAGAUCCUUGAAACAGGAUCUGAUUAUGAAGAUCAGGGCGAUGACCAGUUAAACGUAUUUGGAGAGGACACCACGGGAGGUUUCAUGGAAGAUUUGAGGAAGUGUAAAAUUAUUUUCAUGAUUGGUGGCCCUGGCUCUGGCAAAGGCACACAGUGUGAAAAGCUGGUGGAAAAAUAUGGAUUUACACAUCUCUCGACUGGUGAGCUCCUGCGUAAUGAACUAUCAUCAGAAUCUGAAAGAAGCAAAUUGAUCAGAGAGAUCAUGGAACGUGGAGACCUGGUGCCCUCAGACAUCAUUCUGGAGCUCCUGAAGGAGGCCAUGGUGGCCAGCCUUGGCCACACCAAGGGCUUCCUGAUUGACAGCUAUCCUCAGGAAGUGAAGCAAGGGGAAGAGUUCGGACGUAGGAUUGGAAACCCUCACCUGGUGAUCUGUAUGGACUGCUCGGCAGACACCAUGACCAAUCGCCUUCUCCAGAGGAGCCAGAGCAGCCCGUGCACAGACAACACCACCACCAUCGCCAAGCGCCUUGAAACCUUCUACCGAGCAUCCAUCCCCGUGAUUGCCUACUAUGAGACGAAAACACAGAUACGUAAGAUAAAUGCAGAGGGGACACCAGAGGAAGUUUUUCUUCAACUCUGCACAGCUAUUGAUGCUAUUUUCUGAAGACAAAAUGCAUGUUGUUGAGAGUGGAGACAGAGAAAAAUACUAUAAAGUUCACACCUUAACACAAUGUUUCAAGUUAAACUUUUUGUGUCCCCCUCAAAUUCUGACAUUGUUGUUUGCUUCCCAGCUUGACCUGAGAGAGGCAUCUGGAAAUCAUGCAUGGUGUAUUUGGUAUUAUCCAACCACCCUUUUCAUCAUAAUUCAGACAGCUGUCUGUACUCAAUAGCACGCACACUUUUAUAUCAUAUAGGUUGCACCUCAGAGCUAAGUUAGUAUGUGGACAGCAGUGCAGUGCCAAUCUGUGUCAGUUGUGCCCUCCGAUCAUUUGGUCUACUUUCAUCAAAUAGGGAGCUAGCAUCCCUCUAUCACAUCUUCCUUCCUCUACCCAAGAUUCAUAUGCUAUUGCCUGAUGAAGGCCAAUAAUAUGGGGGGGCAAGCCUGGCAUCUUCGGCUGGUGACUCAAGGCUUAUCCACUAGUAACUUAGAGCCAGACAGAUUAGGUUGACAAUGCCAAUUAUUGAUAAGAAAUUUGAUUAAACUGGAAAAAUUUGAUAAGAAAAAAAAGUGAAAUUGUAUAUUGUAUUGCUUUUCCAAGAUAGCAAAAUCCAAGAGUCACAAACAACAUCUCUCUAUUCAUGUUUAUGAAACUGGCUACUUGGAAUACUAUCAUGAUGGCUGAGAACAAAUUGAAGAAAACUGUCUAACCUAGUCUCUUCUGUACCUAGUGGUACAUUUUGGCAAUUAUGCAUUAAUGUCAAUGACCAAAUAUAAUUUUAAAGCAUGAGAUGAUUUAUGACUGCAUUCAUUGGACUAAUGUCAACUUAUAGUUUUGAUUUUAAAUGAUCACCUAUUUACUUAAUAUUGUUGCUGUGAAAAAUACACUAACAGUAGCAAAACUGAUGUGGGUAGGAGGGGCAUGUCAGUACACAAUGUUUAUAACAGAUACCAAUGCUGUAUGUUUUAAAUGGGCCUUUUCCAGGGGUUGGCAAACCUUAUCAUAAGCAAAUGUAAAAUUGUGUUUCCUCGCAUCAAACUAGUGAAGUUUGGGUUCUCUUUUGUGCUAUCAGUUGCCAAAAUCAGAGCUUCUUAUAUAUUCUACUGGAAUAACUGCAUCUGCCUCUAUUCAGUCACUACAAAAGACCAGUUUCCGUUUGCAUGACUUUUUUGUUGUUGUUGUUCAAUGGUUGUGCAGAUAAGAAUCCAUUUCUGAAACAAAAUUGUAUUUUUAAGGUCAUUUUUUUCUUGAAAUGGAUAUGUACAAAUAAAGUAAAUGGAACACAGGA